AUGGGAACAGUCCCUAACCCCAAAAGGACUGUUACUGUUCAAAUGGUCCCUCGACUAUCUGGUACGGAUAAUUUGGGCAACAAGGACGCAAACACAAUCUGUCUACAAGACUCAGGUUUAAACCUGACAAAAGAUUGUGCUUCCACCCAAAAUACAAAGCCAGAUCAGGAUAAUAUGCAGCAUAAGUCUACAAGUAAAGGGAAACCACUGGAAGGAACAUCCAAAUCUCCUUCUUCUAACAAUGAGGAUCAUAGAAAACCUGAUGCCCAGGAACCUCAUGUAAACACCAAGACGGAAAACAGCAAUGUCAGCGCAAAGUCUUUACCAACCAUUUCUGCCAAAAGCAAGGAUAUUUGUUCAAGUACCCCAACAUGUGCAGAAACACUUCCUCAAGAUGAUAAGGGGAGAAAUGACAGUCAUGCUAAACAAGGAAUCAAGGAAGACCAGACUGCAGAGAAAGUACAGAAUAAAGCAUCGGAAUCUGAGGAACUGACAGCACAAAGGCAAAAGCCAUGUCAUACAUGCGAUCCUAAGCUCACAGACUUACCUCCCAGCAGCAGGACCGCAAACAAGGACACUUCCCAUUUACAUGAACUUAAAGAAUCGAGCUGCACCAUUAGUUCAGAUCUAGUUCUGGUCACCAGCAUGGAUGAGGCGACUCAACCACACCCGGAAUCAACUAGGAAAUUGCAAGGAGGGACUUGCCCACAAGGCCUUACAACAGAUGUUUCCCAAUCAGUUCCUAGACCAGCAGAGAUCUCUCAGCCAGCAAGCAGCAAUGAGAAACCUGAGGCAGACCUUACUAUAUUACAAGUGAGCAAAAAACAAUCCACACCUCUUAAAGACAAAGAAUCCUGCCCCAAAUCUGAAUAUGAUGCCAAUGAUGCCAAACUCCAUCAUACUGUCCCAAUAAAUAGCACGUCUCAACACUCCCUGGACAUCUCCUUAAGUCACUCCAUUAAGCUCCAUGCUGAAGUGACUGAUGAGGCAAUUCAAACACAAGGAUCUGUUUCAGAGGACAAUAAGAAGAAACAUUGUAAGCUGUACCGUGAGGCUUCCACCAUGACAUCAGCAGCAGACUGUGGCACCUCACCCUCUAAACAGCACCAGGAUGUAGAGGUGCAAGCUGUGGCUUUAGUCUGCACUCGAGCUGUUGAAACAAGUCCCAGUCUUUUUCCAUACCAACCCAAACGGGUGUCUGUUUGUCUUCAAAUGGAAGAAAUGGAGAGCCUUGCAAUGGUAUAUCAUAAGGACAGUGCAGAGGUGCCGAUUAUAACGGAAAUGUCUGGCAGUUCAUGUGGCCCAUCUAUCACAACCUUGUCAGAUGGAUUUCCUCAAUCUGGAGGCGUUUUGGUGCACACAGAUGGUGUUUUACAACAUGAGAACAGACUUGGAGCCAAGCCCAAGGAGCCUGGACUACCAAUUUACAAUGCCCCAAAAGGAUAUUCACCUCUUCAACCAGUUUAUCAGAUUAAUAUCGAGACAUGCAAUCAAAAUAAGCUAUCAAAUGAAGCUAGUUGUCAAAGUCAGAGCUACAAAGUCUCCCCUGUGCUUUCUAUUUCACGUUCUGUAAAACAGGACGCCAAGGAAAAGGGCUUUGGUGAGAUAUCAACCACAACAACCAAUCAGGUCUGUCAAGCUCUGUCUGCAAGAAGUCCUCAGUCAGAACAACCUGCCAGGCCUCCUACUGCUAAAUCCCCCAUUUCACAUUCAAAGCCCUCUACACAAGUGGUUGCAGCUAAUGAAACCAACAAAGAGGCUUCUGCCUCAUCAUCAAGCACCAGUUCAGAGGACAAAAUGAAGACAGAGCAGCUGGUUGACAAAUCCAUAGCCAAGUCUGCAAAGCAAGGCUCCAAUCUGGAGCCAGAGAGGGAUAAGAAGGAGGACGAGAAGGCAGCCAAGCCAACCAAGAAGAGUGUUCAUGAUGUGGUGUGGGAUGAGCAGGGUAUGACAUGGGAGGUGUACGGUGCCUCGCUGGAUCCAGAGUCGCUUGGUUUCGCUAUCCAGAGUCACCUUCAGUGCAAAAUCAAAGAGCAUGAGAAGAAGAUCAUAGCUCAGACAGUGCUCAGGAAAUCGAUGUCAUCUGAUUCACCAUCAGACAGAAAGACUAAGCGAAGGCAGGCUAACGUAUUCAGGUCCAUGUUCCAAAAUGUCCGACGGCCCAACUGUUGUGUACGUCCACCCCCGUCGGCAGUGCUGGAGUGA